AUGAAGAUAAAAACAAAAAGAGAGAAACAGAUUAUAAAAAUAGUAAUAUUAUGGAUUGUGUGCUGUGGAAGGACAGACAGCAGCCCCUUUGCAGAGUUUUGGAGAAACGCGAAUGAUUACAGCAGUAAGACAAUAUGCGAUUUUGAGAACCUUGCUAAAAACACAAAUGGAAACAGCAAUGCAUAUGUAUUGGAUGUGAAUAUGUGGGAUCAUGUAGAGAAGUAUCUGGAUUGCCCGAAUGAAAAUCCUGCGUAUAGAAUACACCCAAAUAUAUUUAUUACGGUAAGCAUGGAAGAUGAUAAAGAGGUGAAUGUAGGCCCAUUGCAGCUAGAAAAAGUUAUUAGAAAAAUAAUGGUGCAGAGAGCAAAAGCAGUGCACUUUUAUAAAUUGACACUUGGAGCGGACAAGGAAGGCGUGCGCUCGUAUGCAUAUGAUACUCUAUACAAGAAAAUAACAAAAAGCCUGAAUGAUGAGGCCAAAGAAGAAGAAGAGGCAAUUAGAGAAUGGAGAAAUCUUAUGAUGGUAAGAAAAUUGUAUGCAGAUAGACUUAAUGCAAAGACUGAGCAAUUCAAGAGACUUUUAGUAUGUGACUAUAAAUGUCGAAGUGACAGAGAGGUAUCCAAGGUUGACAAAAAGUAUAAUGAUUUGUAUGCUACGAAGGCAUGGAGCAUUGUAAUACAGAAUAAGAAAUUGCUCCCAAAAACAAACCAAAUAUUCUCAAAGAGUGUGGAGGAGGCAAGAAAUAUAUUAAGGAUUGAACAUAUUGCUAAAGAGAAAGAAAAAAGGCAGAAAAGAAGAGAGGAAACACCGCUGCUCAAGAGGUUGUUCAUAUAUAUGUGCAAGAAAAGACUAAAGAAUAAAGAUUCGAAUGCAGAACAGCCUGCUGAGAGCGAGAACAAUAUUUAUUGGACACCAGUUCCAGUAAACAACAGAAGUAUGCUAAUAGAAGUAGAAAAUGAAAAUGAAAAAAUAAGUAAAGUUGGUAAUCUUGAGAGACCAGAAGGGGAUAUAUUAUCUAGGGUGUUUAUGAAGUCAGUGGUCCAUGAAAAGACACUUGAUAACAUAGGACCACAUGAGGAGCCGCUUUUGAUAAGAAAUGUCUCCGAUGGCGAAACCAUGGGAAAUGAUAUGAAUAUGCUAUAUAAUGCCAAAGAGGGUUGCUUGCACCAUACAUGCAUAGAUAUAGUUGACAGAGCAUAUGGACAAAUGUUAGAAAAUAAUUCGUGUAUGUCUAAGAUAGUAGAAAAAAUGAGAGAAUUGGAUGCGGAUAGUAGAGUGGUCAAGCUAAUACUUCGUACAUUUUAUCAAGAUAUUAAGGAUUUUGACAGAGUUUCGAAAGAUAUUCGGGUUAUUAUUGCUGCACUUAAUCCAAUACUUACUUCUGAGCGUAUGGCAGGCUUUAAAAAAUGUAAACUUUUUAAGCUAAUUGAGGAUCUAAUAGUGCUGGAAGUGAAGCAUAACCAGUAUAUGGUGCAGAUUCUAGAAAGAGUUAAGUAUGUAAGUUCUACCCAGAGUGAAGAGUUGGAAAAUGAAAUAACCCAAAUAUUUGAGCCACUCUAUGCUGUAGUGGAAAAGAUACAUGCAAGAAGAAUAUCUAGUUAUUCUGAUGCAAAGCAGAAAACUAGUGUUAGUGUGCUAGAUAUACAAGGGUUGCCUAUAGAACAAGAAGCGUCGCUGCCCAAAAAGGAUAUAACCCAAAUUACUUUGUUCAUGAAGAUAGUGGUGGAAUUAAAGAAUGAUUUUAUGAGUAUGUACCCAGAGUUUCACAUAGAUCACAUCACCAAUAAGAAAGAUCCGAUGGAGCCUAAAAGAAAAAAGUAUUUGCCAAUUAUGUUUGACGAUUCUUUUAGUCAGAUACUUAGGCAAAAAGACAUAAGUGGACAGAUUCCCAGGCCCAUUGCUCAUAUGGGCAUUAAAAUGCCUGAGUACGAGUCAGUCUACCUGCAUACGGAUUUUGUCUUUUGGAAUUGCUCGGCCGAGGCAAUUAGGCUUAUUUGUAGUGUGCUGCAAGAAUACUAUACAACAGUAAAUUGCAUUAGUCUCAAAUACUGCAAAGUAGGGCUUGAUGGAAAAGAACUGAGCACUUUGGAUAUCCUCCACAGAACCAAAAAACUGUUUAUUAUAUCAGAUGAAAUAGUUAAUAAUAUGAGUAGCAUCACAAAUACAUUCUUAAACCUAGAGGUGGUUGGUGUCAAGGAUGGUGUUGUACCCCAUGAAAAGCUACCAGGACCGUGGAUGCCAGGUCAUCUAUACGUCAGGGACAUUAAAACAUACAAAAAUAUAUCCUCUGCUAAAGAAAUUAUAAUAGAGGAAGAAAGUGAAAAUGUGCACGUUUCCUCAACAGAUGAGGUGUUAGAAGAGAGCUUUUCAGGAAUGCCUGAUGGAUUGGUGCAAGAGGGGAAUAUAAACCCAGAUAUGUACACUGAAAUCCAUUUUAACAUAUCAGAGAUAGACUCCAUUAAUGAAGAAACUACCUCUUUACAAGAGACUGCCCCUUUACAAGAAACUGCAGACUAUGAGGAGCUGCCAAAUAGUGUGAUUGAAAGCGUUCUUUCAACAAUUCAGAAAGAAUAUCCAAAGAAGUUUGGCCAUAAUAGAAGCAAAGCUGUUUAUAGUGAGAUACUAAGUAAUAUUGCGAAUUUGAAAAAAGCAGACGACUCUAGAAGAAACACCAUAAAGAACAAAAGAAAAAAUAUUGAAAAAUAUGCCCUGGACAAUUUAGAUUCCAAACAAGCUUUAAAGUAUCUAAAUGACCUAUUAAAGCUUUUAGUUGAAAUAGUUACUGAAUGGGGUGAUGAAUUUAUCUGUUCCGAUAGCAAGAUAAUGGAUAUGUACAAACUGCGUAUGCAGGCAUUGAGCUUGAUUUACUCAAAGAAAAGCGCAAUGAAGUACAUGAUUCUAGACUAUAGCGCAUUUAGAGAAAGUCUAAAAAAGAUAAAUAUAUGCAGGAUUGGAAAGAACUACACGAAAAUGCAAGUGGACAUGGGCCCUGCUAUAAAAAACCAAACUGAUGAAUGCAGCAAGAAGGAAGAGAAAUGCAUGGAUGAUUUAAUGAAUAUCUUAAAUAGCUGGAUACACAUCCAUAAACUAAAGGCAGAGGUUAAAGUAGAGGUUUACAAUUCGAUUAAAGGCGGAAUAGAGAAACUGCAACGCAUAAAAAAGCGUGUAGAUCUAAAAAAGAAAAAAAUAACACCCUCUAGUGAAGAAGGUGAUGUUUACCCAACAUCUAGUGUACAAAAAGAAGCAGUCUUCAUAGAUUUCCAAGUUGAAUUUAUUGACUACCAUUUGAAGGUUCUAAAUAUAGUGCAUGAUUAUUACAGCAAUGACCGCAUAAUUAGUCAAUUGAAGUCUAGAAACCGAGAUAAUAGUUCGAUUAAGGCUCGUGGUCUCACAAUAGAGUUUUUGUUCCCAAGAGAGAAAGAUAUAACACAGGAUUUCCUGCUCCAGCUCCAUAAUAUGCUGGCAUCUACUGUUAAGGAGAAUUUGGAUGAGUUACAUUUGAUUAUUACAGUAAAUGAAGUAGAAGACCCAGAAAACUACAAAGAAUAUCUAAAAGAAAUAGCCACUUUCUUUGAGAAUAAUAAUCAGUGCAGGGAAAAAGAAUAUUUCCCGAAUAUAUACAUGUUUAUAAAUGCAGUAGAUAUAGAUUUGUGCUACCAAGUCAUGCAGGGCAGCAGAAUGGAAAUUAAGAAUGAAAGCAUGGGUAUAAUAGAAAACGUGGCAAAUAGCUUUUCAAAAAUUAGAAAGCUGAAAGACCAGAGCUGGGCAGUGCCCAGAGUGAUCAUUCGGAAUAGCACGCUUAGAAAGUAUCUUUAUGGGCGGCUAAUUGCAGGAGAGGCAGACACGUACAAAGUAGACAAAAAGCCGAGCCUAAGGCAGAUUUAUAUGAGGCUGCUUGCUCUGAAUGGAGUAAAGCUUCCUCUGCAGGCUGUGCAGGAGGACCAGAUUGAGGGUUCGUACAAGUGCACUGUAUGCCAGGAAAAACUGUUAAACGACUCGUCUGAAAUGUCCACCCAGCAGGUAGAGAAUCUUAAAAUUGCGCUGCAGAGGCUAAACAAGUACUUGCCGAACAGCCCCGAAAGACGGGCCUCUAAGAAACUAGCUGAAAAGAAGAUAGACCAAGCAAAGGAGUACGCAGCAGUAGUAAUUGAUAUCCAGAAUGUUUUGCAAAGAAUAGAGCAAAAUGAUUUCGUCAAUAUACUGAAUCUGGCGAGGGAAAUAGUAGAAAGUGAAGGUAGUAGUGCUAUAGUAAAAAAGCUAAAUCGCGAGUUAGAAGAAGAAACACCGGGAAUUGAUUCUUAUAAUAGAGCAUUAAAACGAAUUAGAGAUAAAGAAAAUAGGCUGUACUCCAGAAGAGAAAACUACACAAUGAAGCUUUCAAAUACCCAGGAUUCAUUAGACAGCGCAAUGCUCAAGAACAUAGAGCUUUCUGUUGAUGAAAAGUGGGAAAUAGCAUGGCUUCUUUCUGAUGUGCUGGAUAGGAAGCACUUGAAGAACUGGCAGCAUUACACUGAGGAGCAAGUAAACUACAUUCUACGAGAGAAGGCAUUGGUACAUGUGAAGGAGGUGCUCAGCUGUCAUGAUAUGAAUAGACAGCUGCCUAGCUUGGAGAGCUGGAUUGGGGAGCUGCCUGACAUAGGAAGCGAUGUUGCGUUCUUUGCCGUACGAAAGCUGCUGCAGUUUAUUGAAGAAGCAGAAAAUGGAAGCGUGCUGUACCCAUAUAGCAUUGAUCAGAAGAAUGCACUCUUUGCAGAUGUGUUUGUACAUCCGCUAAAUAAGGUUGUGCAAGAUGUUUUGAAGAACUGUCCAGAGGAAAGAGAAGCAUGUAUGCUCAGCAUAUCUUCAGUAGACACAGAUAAAAGCAAGUACAGAAUACUCAUGAUAAAUCUAUACAUUAACUGGGUAAGCAACAUUGUAUCUGGGAAAUACCCAAUAGAGAAUAGAAACACGGAUAUGUGCAUUUUUGACAUCCGCAAAAGCACGGAAUCUGUGUACCCAGCAGUUAUUAUAGCAGUUAUCAAAUGGGCAGAAAAGCAGCAUCUUAAGGAUAUACUGCGGCUUGCAGAUAGUGAGAAGCUGAUUGUGCCCUCUAUUGAUGACAUAGACAAGAAAAAUAAGGAAUUUAAAAACCUGAUUCCUGAUAUAUUCACAAAAGAGCUGCUCAAUUCAACAGACAUGCUAGAGUAUCCACUUAGUCUGUUGAUGCCAAGAGUUAAUAAUUCUGAACAGCAGAUAGAAAAUGCAGUUUGCACAAACACCCCUGCCAAUCGCACACGUCUGCCAAUUAUUUGUCACAACAGAAUCAAUCAGAAAGUGCUGGAAGCUGUAUCUUCUGAUGAGGUUUCUAGAAAUCUUGGUUCUACACAGGCUAGUGUAGCUAUUCAAGAAGAUAUCCCCAUUUUAGAAGAAGAGGAGGCGGAAUUACAUGAACUCUAUGAAGAACCCAUGUCUAUUGACAACCCAGUGAAUACGAUGUCCGAAGAGAUGCUGAAUAUUCUAAAACAGCUAGAAUCGUAUCUAAAUACUCCCACUCCAAAAAUAGAAGAUAUAUAUGAUAAAGGUGUUUAUUACGAAAUUGCUCCUGAAUCCAUACCCAGACAUCUAACUGCUAUAGAUAUGCUAAUGAAGAGAAUUAUCAGGACAUUUGAGAAUGUGCAAUCGUAUGAAGAUAUUAUUGCAAAAAGGAUGCAACUUGAAUAUAUCGAUCUCAUAUACUAUAACAACAGAGCUAUAGAGCUUUUGCAUAAGAUGUACGAUGCUAUUAAAAACAAUGAUUCUAAAGCACUGAAUGAGUGCAUCCUUGGAAACUACAAGGAAAUCUACCAAAUAGACAUUAACGUAAACACUCAAAUAUAUAAUCUGAAGAUGCCCUUAUACAAACUAAUGAAUACUUGCGUAAAGAAGCACAAGUUAUCGAGGUUAUACAAGAGGCUGCGGGAUGAAAAGAUAGUCUUUAAACUUGCAAAGACACUGCAAGAAGGGAGUGAUAAUGCAUGGAAAAUAGCCUGCGAGAAAGUGCUUAAUAAAAAGCAGGCACAAAAGAAAGAAAAGCCUGCUGAGAGCCCACAGGAGGAUCCUUGUACUACUUCGAAAAAGACAUAUACAUUAUACAGAAAUUCACUGAAUGAAAAAGACACAGAAAAAUGGAUGGAAAAUUGUCAUGGGGAAGUGCAAGACAUUAUCGAUAAUAUUCUUGAGAAGGAUAUUGCAGAUGGAGGGCUUCAAAGCACAUCAGGAUUUGGAGAGAAGAAAAUAGGCAAGGAUAGGGAGAAAACCUCGCAUGGAACAAAGCUGCUUGUUAUUCUUCCAUGCAGCCAUAUUUUCUGCUAUAUGUGUGCAGUGCAUGGCCAAACCAAUAUGACAAUGGCUAUGCAUAAUAACGAUGUAAUACAUAAUACUCGUAGAUAUCCAUCUCUAAAGAAGAAUGCUGCCUGCCCACUCUGCAAGGUAACUACAAAAUAUCCACAGCACAUGGCUAUACUAGAGGAUGACUAUGACCUAGCAGUAAAAAAUAAGCAGAAGUAUGUACUCUGGAAUGGAGUGCACAAAUAUACUGGCCACAUGCCUGUAGAGGAAAUGGAUGAAGAGACGCUCAGAUCUAAAAAAGUCGAGUAUAUGAUUCGUAAACGAAUGUUUGUCUAUGUGGACGGAAGGCAGCUCUCAGAGAACAGUAAAAAGAGAAAAGACAUUGCAUCUCAAAAAAUCAAAAUCGAGAUCUUCCUAUACAAUAGACCGGCUGCUACUAAAUCAAACUUAAAUUUCAACUAUGAUGAUUAUCCAUUGGAAAUCAGCACAGAUAGAAGCAAUAGAGAUCAGGAGGCUCUUAUGCAGUUGCUGGAUAAAGAAAUAGAAGAUGAGCAGGAAGUGCCACCCUUUGAUCCUAGCAGUAAAUAUGCACGCAAUGAAUGGUUUAAACUUUUAGUUUCCAGGUUCAAGUGGAAGGGGAGAGAAAAGAAUGACUUGGUUUUAAUAGAGAUACCAACAUACAGCAAUAUUCCACCAGUUGAAGUUAUACCAUAUAACCUCAAAAAACCAGAAUAUGCCAUAGAAGAUGGAAUAGUUCCAAAAGUGGCGCCUUUAAAGGAAAAUGGAAGCUCAAAGAUUCCCUCGCUUAUUACCUUGUUAAUGGAAAGAUCGCGAGAAGAUACUAAUGAAGAGAGCUGUGAAAUAAGUAGUAGUUAUAGUUAUGGGGGCCAAGAAAGCUCCUGUGACUCAGAACACGAGAGAAGAAAGGAGGAGGAGGAAAAAGCAUACGAAGAUAAGCAGGCGCUCAUCUUUAAAAAUCUGCGCUUUGAAGACUGCAGCACGGACUCACUAAUAGGCCCAGAUGAAGAAGUGAAAGAGUACUUGCAUAUCCUGGGAAGUACACAAAGUGAGAAAAUUCAGACAGAUAAAGAAAGCGAGAGGAAUUCUGCCCUAAAUGAAGAGAAGAAACCGCAUGUAUUGGAUGAUAUACUUCUGUACACGCUGGGAGAGUACGUACAGAGAAAAUAUAAUAAUUCAUUUGUUGAACUAGAAGAAUUAUAUAUGAGCAUAGCAGAAACACUUGCUAAGAUAUCUUACAUAAUGCAUGAUAUUACAAUUUUUGACAUUUUCAGUGCAUGCAAUUCAAAUGAUAAAGAGGGCCAAGCGCUUAGUGAAAGAAACAAAAAAAUAGAAGAAUUCCUAAAUGGUCAGAUAAGUUUCCUUAAAAGACAGAAUAACUUUUACUUGUUUUACUCUCUAUUCAAUUGCCCUCGACCUAAUGUGGAUUACACAGAGAUAAACAAGAAGAUUGGUUUGGACAAAUACAGGAGUGAAAAGCACGAAGCAAGUUUAAAGAAACAUAAAUAUUUAAAUUUGCACAGAAAUAGUAUAGUAGAGAAAAUCAAGGAAAUCAAGAAAAUCAAGGAAAUCAAGAAAAUCAAGAAAAUCAAGAAAAUCAAGGAAAAAUUAGGAGAAAACAAUCUAGAUGUGAAUGAAAUUCUAUUUUCAGAUGCUUUCAUUUAUGAAGAUAAUAUAGAUGAUGUUUAUAAAACUAACCCGCCCAGUUUAUGGUCAAAAGUAGUCGUAAUGUCUAAGCACAGCGACAAAGUAGCAUCAGACAAAGUCAUAUUAUCAGACAGCGGAGAAAAAAAUAGAAAUAUUGAAUUGUUAGUAAUAGAUGAUAGCAAUCUUAUAAAUAUGAAUGAAGACAGGAUAGAAUUACUUAAACGUAACAUUAAUAUCUACCAUUUCACAAAUUCUUCUAUCCCAAGAAUAUUCAAAUCUUCUAAUAUAUUUGAAAGUCACGUUUUAAAUAGAAUGCUUUGUCUUCUAACCCGUUUGGGUAAUCCCAACACUAAAGAAGAACACACAGAUCCAAACAUGUCAAAUGUAGAGGAGAACACUAGCCUCAUAACGCUAUUAGAAUCUAAUAUGAGUGAUGAAGAUAUAACCAAAAUCUUUCAAAUAUUGAAUGAAACUAAACAAGAUGCAGAUAUUGGCAAACAUCUGAAUUUGCAAAUUAGAGCGAUAAUAACAUCUAAUGCAAGAAGCAAAUUGGUUUUAUAUGGACGUAAUCUUGUAAGAUUUGUCAAUAAUGAAUGUUUGCUGGAGAUAAAUACCCUCAAAAGAUAUACUGGUAUAGCGAAAAAGGCGCUUGAAGAGAUCAAAGAUACUAAUAUGGUUUCCGAAAAAACUAAGAGAGAAUACCGCACUGUAUUUUCUUUACUUGAAAAGCAAACAUGCAUUCUAGAAGACAAAGAUUUUUCUUCUUCGCUGGAAAAUUUUAAAUCAGUAAUGCAUCUUAUAGAUGUUGCAACUAGUCGGAUAAAAGAGCUUGAAGAUGAUUGGAAUGAUAUAAUUACAUCGACCCCUCUCUGGAUUAGGAAAGAUGUGAAAACAUACAUACUAAAGACGCGCUAA